UUUUGCAGCUUUAUUUGUCAUCCCUAACGCAUUGUGUAUGCAUUACGCAUUUGCGAAAUUUACCAGCAAUACAAUAUUAAGUCAAUUUAAUACGUUAAUUGCCGCUGUGCCGGUUUCAAAAACCCUCACAAAACGCCCGCAGUAUACGCGCCUAGCCAAAGAUACUGUGGCCAUGUACGCCACCAACAAUGGCACCACGAAUAAGGCGCCAAAUAACAAUUCCACAACGAUGUUUGAUAAUACCAUUACCGUUACGCCAAUCAAAAUGGAGCUAACUGACACCUCAGUAAAGGGCAAUGUCGGUGGCGCGGCGGGUCAACGUCGACCAAACGCUGUUAUUGUUUCCUCACAACAGCUGGCCAUGCCCAUGCAAACGGGAAUUCAGGUAAGCAAUAGCGUCAGCGGCAACAACUACACAGGCAUAACAGUGACCUCCAUGACGACGACGGGACCGACGCCCAAGGAAAAGCCCAGCAAGGCGGCACGUGUGCAAGUGACGCGCAAGCCGCCGCCAACCAUUGAAAACUUCUGGCCCACUAUAAUAAGCGAAGUGAACAACAUCGGACAGGUCGAUGCCAAGCACCAGGUGCUGCCAUUGGCGCGCAUUAAGAAGAUUAUGAAGCUGGACGAGAAUGCAAAAAUGAUUGCUGGCGAGGCGCCGUUGCUGUUUGCGAAAGCCUGCGAGUAUUUCAUACAAGAACUCACCAUGCGCGCCUGGGUGCACACCGAGGAAAGCCGUCGCCGCACAUUGCAGCGCUCGGAUAUAGCGCAAGCCAUUGCCAACUAUGAUCAGUUUGAUUUUCUCAUUGAUAUAGUGCCGCGCGAGGAAAUCAAACCCUCAACCACACAGAAAUCCAAAGAGCCCAACAGCUCUAACUGCAUAGGCACCACUACCGCUUCGGUUGUCACUGCCGUUACAACUGUGCCCCACUGCAACAAUGUGAGCGGCAACUUUGUCACCGGCAAUGUGAUCAGCACCGGCAGCCUACCCGCUCAAGCAACAACUAGUCUCAAAUUGGACGCCAGUGCAGCUGAAGUGCUUGGCUUUAGCGCCGUCAAUCCGGAACUGUUUGCAGCGGCAGCCGUCAACAGCAGUCAGCAGCUGCAGCAGCUUACUACGCAUCAACAACAUCAGCCACAGCAGGUACAAAUUAUACAGCCCGGCGCGGGACCACAGCAGCUGCAGUACUUCAUAGCGCUUCCAGGUCAGCAGCCUACUCAGCUGGUGCAGCAGCUGCAGCAUCAUCAACAGCAACAACAGCAGCAGCAACAAAACAGUCUGGGCCUCAACAUUGUGACGCAGCAGCCAACGCAGCAGCUGAUUCUCACUGCUGGUCCCAAUGGUCAGCUAACAGCCACGCCAGCGCCAACAACAGCGGCGCAGCAGCAGCAACAGCAGACGCAGGUGCUGCUGCAGAACCUGGCACAGCAGCAACAACACCAGCAGCAGCAGCAACAGCAGCAGCAAAUACAGUUGCUUCAGCAGGUGGUGACGCCAACAGGUGAACUGACCAAUGUGCCGAUUGCCAUUAAUGCGAAUCAGUUGCAUUUACUGCGUCUGCAGAUGCAGCAGCAGCAACAGCAGCAGCAGUUGCAGGCAGCGGCGGCAGCGCAGCACAAUCAGCAGCAGCAGGUGAUUAUACCGACGCAACUGUUGACAGCGCAGCAGAUUCUGCAGCUGGGCGGCACAACUGCACAUCAGCAACUUCAGCAGCAGCAACAGCAGCAUCACCAUCAACAGCAGCAGCAAGUUCAGGUGCAGGUGCAGCAGGUACAGCAAGUUCAGCAGCAUCAGCAGCAGCAACAGCAGCAGCAGCAGCAUAUGCAAAUAACUGCCAGCAAUGUGAACAGUGUCAAUAGUAACAAUAGCAAUAGCAACAAUAACUCAGCGUCAAUAUUUAUAAAUGCAACCGCGUCCAAUGCGCAAACGGCGACGCAACAAGCGCAGCCCCAAACACUGCAAACAAUAUCCACCGAUCGUACGCUAAGCGGCGGCUUUCGGUAAAACGCACAGAUAC